AUGCCCGCGAGCCGCACUCAGCGCUGCACAUGCGGCUGCAACGAAGAGCUACGCCGCAGGCAAAUCAUCCGCCAUCUCAAUGGCGAGUCGGUCCCGAAACGCUCUCUCAUCGAGCGAGCGCGGAACAAGUGCGCGAAGACACUCUUCCCGGGCAAGCGAAGGAGAAAGCAUCUGGAUGCUACAUCUGUAGAGGAUGCGCCGACCUCUUCGCCCCAACCACCAUCUCCCGACGACAUGCAGUCGGUUUACUUCACGUCAACCCAACCAGACGCUGAAGCUACCACUACUGCAAGUAGCAACAUCCUGGUUCAAGACACAAAAUUGUAA